UGCCUUUUUCCUACGGGAAAGAAUAAAAAUAAAACAUAACUUGUGAAGUUGUGUAUUGCAAUUUGCAAUUAUUAUUAUCAAAUCUGUGGUUUGGAGUGUAGCGAGUUAGGCUUGUGUGUUGCGGAAAGUAAUUAAUUGCUGUUUAAUUAAUUUUCUGUUAAAUUCUGAUGAUUAAAGUUGAAAUAAGUGAUAGUUAGUUCAGUUUUGUAGUAUAUAACACAUCUGCUUGGGUACACUCACUAACAUGGCAUUAGCUCUCCAAAGACGGGCAAACGUCAGACUCCCACCAGAAGUGAAUAGAAUUCUAUACAUUAGAAAUUUACCUUAUAAAAUAUCAGCUGAAGAAAUGUAUGAUAUAUUUGGUAAAUAUGGAGCAAUCAGGCAAAUUCGGGUAGGCAAUACACCAGAGUCUAGAGGUACUGCAUUUGUGGUGUAUGAAGACAUAUUUGAUGCCAAAAAUGCAUGUGACCACUUAUCCGGAUUCAAUGUCUGCAACAGAUAUUUAGUAGUUUUAUAUUAUAGAUCUAACAAAGCAUUUAAGGGAAUGGAUAUAGAAAAGAAACAAGAAGAAUUAGAUACUUUAAAGAAGAAAUAUGGUAUAUCAACUGAAGAACUUCGUAAAUAAAUAUAUAAAUUUCUGCACAA